GUUCGGCUACAACGAGAUGAUUGACGCCUCUAACUGGAUAUUACUUGGGAGGGAUGGUCUUUUUUUCCUUGGGAGGGCAGGGCAAGGCCUUUGCUUUCGUCUCCUGGUCUUGUCUCCUCACCUCUCCUUGUCUGGUCUGGUUAAUAAUGAUGUGGAUGGAGAUGGCAAUAAUGGAGACGAAGACGGGGGAUGGAGACUGGAAGGGAAGACGGUGGCUCUUGAUUCCGUUUAGUCGUUGGCUCCUGCGGGAAAAGGCGACGCAAGCGCCAAGCAACGGAGGUGGAAGAAAAACGAGAGAAAUCUUGCACAAGUCCCCAGUGUCAAGACUCAAGAGAUCGAUGAUCAAUUAAACGAGCGAAUGAUCGGCCGGAGUGACCGGUUGAUACGUUUACUUCAAAGGUGAUAGACUCGAUGACAAGCGAAGGUGACCUCACGAGAACACCACAAGGGUGUGUCGAUGAGGAUGGAGGUUGGUUAGAG